ACCGCAUUGUGGAGUUCACAACUUGGCUUGCAAGACGAAUAAGAGCUUCAGCAGCUUGUGCUUCCCCAGCUCCAAUGUGAUUGGCAUGGCGCCCCACAAGGAACAUAUUCUGAGUCUGCUUAACAAUUAUCGCAACAGGGUGGCUUUGGGCUAUACAAGGACCCUGUUUCCGGCGGCAAGAAUGGCACGGAUGGCCUGGUCCAAGGAGCUCGAGAACUUUGCCAUCAUGUACAUUACGAAGUGUGCACCGGAAACACGUCCCUGCAUGUCCUCACCACAAUUUACCAACAUUGGCAGUGUGUUGGAUGGUCUGUCAUUUACGGGAGUCUACAAGCCUUCGAUUGUACCCGGACUCACCGAGGAACUGCUAAAGGGCUGGUUCGAGGAUACUCGAUUUGUGACCAGGAACAUGCUCCUGCAUCUUACACCUGAUUUUAAAAGAAAAUCUGUGAGUCGUACUGUGCUCCUGAUGACAGAUCGGAAUUCCCAUGUGGGCUGCAGUGGUUUGACCUUUGUCAGUGACUCUGUUAAGCAUUUCCGUCUUGUCUGCACCUUUGCCACCGAUAAUAUGAAUGAUUUACCUAUAUACAAAGGCUCCACGAAUCCUGGCAGUCAAUGCCAUCGUCGCGAUACAAUCUAUAAGAAUCUCUGUGCUCCCGGCGAGAGCUACAACAACAGUCAUGAGUACGUGGAAGGGGAGCUGCUUCAGUUAUCAGACGAUAUCUUUAGCAUUUAUUAAUCUAAUUAGCUAAUGAAUUAACUUCAAACGAAUAAAUAGUACAAAAGAAUUU